UCAAUGUCACGAGAUAAUUUGCAUUCUUCAUUCAAAAUGGCUGCUCGACCAGAUGAAUUGACAGAAGUAGAUUAUGCGCUGUAAAAUUAUGUUUAAAUAGUUUGCAAUGCGCGAAAUAAAUUUUUGACGUUGGAUAGUGAAAAUAUGAAACGAGAUGCAACCUGUCACUAGCCCAAUUGACAGGUGGUGAUUACAAAGUGUUGAACAUUGAACCCGUUGGAGCUCUUGACUCCCAAAUAACAAGGAAUAGGAGAUAAUUACUGUUCACAUAGAUGACUCAUUAAUGCAUCACCAAAUGUAAUUCUAAUAAGACUUUCUGGGUCUCAUUAAUAUUCAAAAUGUCUAAUUCACUGGCGGUAACUGACGGGGCAACUGCCAAUCUGUAUCUUGCUUUGAUACAAUGUUUUGCAAUCAUAUUAUGCGGAUACAUAGCUGGGAGAUCUGGAAUAAUUACAAAAUCCGAAGCAAAAGGAUUAAAUACCUUUGUGGGGACUUUUUCACUACCUUCUUUAAUUUUUAUAUCAUUAGCUCAGCUCGACCUCGGGCUAGUCAAUUGGAAAUUUUUAAUCGCUGUCACUUUUGCCAAGGCUAGUGUAUUCAUUGCAGUUGUCACGAUUACUCUAUUGAUUUCUCGCCCUAUAAAUCCUGGGAGGGCAGCUCUAUUCGCAAUAUUUGCUACUCAGAGUAACGACUUUGCCAUCGGCUAUCCCAUGAUUAAUGCUUUGUACGGGAAAAUCCACCCAGAGUAUUCGGCGUACCUAUACCUGAUGGCACCAAUAUCUUUAGCGAUGUUAAACCCUGUUGGCUUUGUUCUACUAGAAAUAAAUAAGCGAAGAUCCGAAGACAGAACUUGUGGAUGGUCUCUCUUCGGGUCCACGGCAAAAGGAAUUGCACUGAAUCCUGUCCUUUUAAUGACAGUUCUGGGGAUAGCGGGGAACUUCAUAUUCAAACAUACAAUUCCUGACUUGCUUGAGGCAAUCCUGAAAGUAUUCGGCGACGCUUUUUCUGCUAGCGCUUUAUUCCUCCUAGGGCUAAUGAUGGUGGGGCAAGUUCACACGUUGAAGGGCAGAGCUCUGGUCAUACCCGGAAUAUUAAUAUCUGCAAAACUGUUGGUCUUGCCCCUUGUGAUACGACAAUCUGUAAUUUUGUUGAAUGCUGGAGAAAAUGCAAUGGACACCAGGGAUUUGAGCACGUUUGGAUUCCUAUACGGAACCUUGCCUACCGCUCCAGCUCUGUUUGUAUUCACUCUGCAAUAUACUCUGGAUAUAAAUCUGAUCGCCUCUGCAAUGGUGGCUUGUACUUUCUUGUCCGCUCCACUGAUGUUUGUCUCUGCAAAAAUGAUCGACGCUCUAAGCAACAACAAUAAUGGCACAGAUUACACUCGCGAAUUGAGUGCCUUUGCUCUUGAUGCAAGCGCUGCUUCGACCGCCGCCUGUUGUUGGCUCAUCGUCUGUUUCAUUGUCUUUGGAAGACAAAGAUAUAAGUUUGUCACGCACAAAAUCACUUUGUGUCUAAUUGUUGCACAGUUAAUAACAGCAAUUGGUGUUAUAAUUUGGUCGCAAAUGGAAAAAACGAAUACGAAGUCAGCAUUAUGGUACCUUCAAUUUGUCAUGAUAACUGGGGGGGUUUACGCUAGCCGAAUAUGGACAGCUGUACUUGCAGCUACUUUGUUAUUUUUGAGCAGUCGAUCAUUGUCCUUUGUGAACAAAUUACAACAAUGGAUUCUUCCUAUUGGUUGGGGGUUGCCAAUCCUGAUAGUAAGUUUGAUGGCUGCACUUGUGACUCCUUCUGGAACAGAUGAAUUCGAUAAGGGAAGUCCAAACUUUCAAUUGGGAAAAAUUCAAGCAGCCAUAUCUAUCUUCUUGCUUGUAUUUUGUUUCGUCGUGACUCUGGGCUGCCUGGUGUUACAACAAAGGUAUCAACGUAGAUCCAUGUCACUUGGUUAUUCGAGUCUUACAUCACCUUUAACGACUUCUAAUGGAGUGAUGGCCCAAAACGUGGUUGAUGUAGAGGAUCUGAUGUCCGAAAAUGCUGACAUCUUGAGACACCAAUGUGAAUUGAACAACGGAUGUGCCAAUGGCAUAAUGUGUUCAAUGAAUCAAGAAAGGGGUUUAGGAACAGAAAGUGGUGAUGAACAUUCUGACGAGGAGGUCGCCGCCCAGCAGCCAGAGGAUCUCCAAAUCUUGCGGCAUCUCGUUCUUCUGAUUUUAUUGCUGUGUUCGAUGUUUGUCGGCUUGGCGCUGUCUGUGGGGACGUUGAUUAUGGAACAGUUAUCUGGGGUCUAUGCAGAGCUUGCUUUUUUGGACGUGGCCUUGAAUUUUGGACAAUCUCUGAUUGCUUUUGCAAUAUUUGGUCUUGAUCCAGGAUUAGAUGCUUUGGGAAGGGCGGUAAAAAAGCUUUAUCAAAAGUUACCGAGACAAGAAGUAUUGCAGUUACCAGACGAAGAUGCGUUGCCAGCAGAGGUGAGGGAAGUCCGUGAACAAUUUGCUCGUUGUCAUUUGACAGAAUGUCGCACUCGCAUAGCCGCAUGUCGCAGACGUCUUUUGCGUGUAUACAGAGGUGUUUUUACUGGCACCGACCUCGUUGACUGGCUCUUAGAAGCCGGACUGGUACCGGACCGCACUGAAGGUGUACGAUAUGGAAGAUGUCUCCUCGACGCCAGAGUUCUGUGUCACAUUGACGGGACGGAGCAUUUCCAUGAUCGGAAUUUGUUGUACACUUUUCGAGCUUAAUUUUUAGCAAAAUUCACCUUGUUUGUUGUUGUUUAUUUAUGAAAAUUAUAUAUUUAUGUAUGACGUUGAA